AUGGUGUUAGUGUUAUUCUUCAUAGUAACUUGUUUUGGUAUUGAAUGUCCUAACAACACAUUCUUCGACAACGGAAAGUGUGUUACCUGUUCACCAUAUUGUGUUGAAGGUAAGUGUGAUAUAGAAAAAGGAUGUGUUGAAUGUGUCAAUCAUUUUCAAGAAUCAAAUAAAUUGUGUGAAAGUAGUUGUGAAGAAAAUAAAUAUUAUGACGGAGAUGAUUGUGUUGGUUGUUCUGAACAUUGUAUUAAUGGAUAUUGUGAUAAGUUAGAUGGUUGUACAUUAUGUCAAAGAGGGUAUUUGGCUUUCA